AUGUCGUCGACCACUCCGCCCUUCCUCCCCGCGACGCGUCAAGAGCGUAAUCAAGAUCCCUACCAUGCAUACGACAGUGACAAUCAUCUCUUGCGCGCAGUUUCACGUGCGUCGCUGUCUAUCAAGAAGAAUGAGCUGGACCGGAGCUCAAAUAAUGUAGCCAACUCAUGCGAUGUAGCCAAGUCGUGGAAUGUAGCCAACUCAUGUGAUGUAGCCAAGUCGUGGAAUGUAGCCAACUCAUGUGAUGUAGCCAAGUCGUGGAAUGUAGCCAACUCAUGUGAUGUAGCCAAGUCGUGGAAUGUAGCCAACUCAUGGAAUGCCAACUCGCAUUUCCAUCGACGCAGUCAGCUUGAAGCGCGGCUCGUGGAGCUCCAAAAGGACGUGGCAAGUCUCACACUUCAGCUUCGAUUUAGUGGCAAUUCGAGACCAUUGUUGGGUGGAUCCAGUGUGAAAAGGACGUCCCAGAAGCCAGAUGACGAGCUCGAGAGUUUGAAGUGGAGCCAGAAGCCUAGCACAAUCAAAUCGAGACGAAAAUGCGGGAAGGAGCAGCUUCUUGAGGCUAAUAAAUGUGGAGGUAGUCGGGUGAAAACCGUGAAAGAGCUAUACGAUGUCACUAUCGAAAGGGACCAGCUGAAGUUGGAGCUGGUGAGAACAAAGAAAGCACUAGCUGCUGCCAGGAAGAAGUCUGAGGACGUGAAAAAGAACGAAAAAGCUUAUGACGAGCUUACGGUCCAUUGUGAAUCGCUGCAGAAGUCUUUGGAGUUGUCUGAAAGGAUCCGAGUGAGACAGAAAACACUGCUGCAGCAGCUGCAAUCACAACAGCGUCAGAAAACUACAAAGGAAGAGAGCGAGAACACAAGGAAUAAAGUGGCGGGUGUGAAGAUAAAAACGAAGUCAGCUGGGGUCAGCGCUGAUCGUCGAUCGACAAAUACUGGGUCACAGCAAGCACAAGAUGACAGCAGUGCCCGACGACGAUCGCGCAUGGAUUGCGGUAAUUCUGACUUUCUUAUUGCACCUGGUCAGCCGAACGAGGAGGAACACGACGAUGAUCAAAAUACUUCGGAGCAAGCAGCUAGUGAGCCAACAGCAGCAGCAGAUACGAGACCUCAAGCGCCGCGCCCGGUGUUGGAAUUCACGACGCCGAAAGGUGAACUAUCGCAAGAUGCUGACAGUCAACGUCCGGGCCAAAUUGCUGCAAACACUACUCGCCAACCAAGCCGAGCGCAAGCCCGGCAGCUUGAGGUAAGGCGUCAGACAGCAAGAUGGGCUCGCAGUCGAGGAGCUACGGUCCAGAUUCCGACGGUGAAUACUCAGAUGACGCCGAAACAAAGAGCCGCCAAGGUUGUUCGACCAAAGAACGGAUAUCUUGCCCCAACGCAAGCUAGUUUGCGUCGACUGCACGAUCUUCCUCGUCGAGAAAUUCAUUACAGACCUCCGUUCGUCGUAUAG